UGAUUAUUUAUACUUGAUAGUCAAUUGGCCUACCUAGUAUUCAACGAGAUAUUCCUAAAUCUUUAACUAUGCCAAGUUCCUAAAUCACGACAUCUCUCUUCUCUAAAGUGAAUAUCCAACUACUUGCUCUCCAAGUGAUCUUCAAUUAACUCUAGUCUUAUCGCCAAUCCAGUUUCCAAGUCUUCAGCUCCAUCUCGAUCAUUCCACUCGCAUACUCAUGCAGCAAAUCUUGUCGUACUUCCAACUGGUUCAAGCUAUCCACAUGAUCUUUGCAUCUUCAACAUCAAUGUAUCUUUAUAUCAAAUGAAAAAGCCAUAUUGAGUUUUAGCAAAAUAAGAGAAGAAAGCAUAUUAAAAUGACAUGAAAGAAGUAAUAACUGGAUUGGAUGGCCAUGACCUUAUAAUAUAAAUGAAAUUUUAUAACUGACACCCCCCCCCCCCCCCCCCCCCAAAUAUAAAAAAUGUUGUACCUAUUUAAGAGUAGAGGAUAUUAUUUGAAAAAUAAAGAAAAUGAGGACAUUUAUAGGAAAAUCAAAUUAAUAUAGAUUUGGUGCAUGAAGGUAUAUCUCUUAAUACAGAAAAUGAGAUAUGACCAAAAACAUAUUCACCAUUUCAAAACUCUACCUAUAUUUUCAUCUCUUACCACCUCUAUUCACAUGCUCUCAAAACAAAAGCAAAAAUAUCAAAAUUUCAUAUCUGCUUAGUGAAAAAAAGGCUCAUGGAUUCUUCAUCUUCUUCAUCCUCACUAUCCAUCACCAGAGAAGAGUUCAAUGCUUUCCACAAGUUUGAAAGAGAUCUUUUCACUCGUAUUGUCAUAAGUCUAAGACGAGACAUUAGUCUGUCUUUUGAGAUCAUGUGCUUUCUCAUCUAUCUCGAGAAAAGUGUUUUCAUGAGCAAACUAAUCUUUAAUCUUGUUUCAUUACCGGACCUUUUCAUCAACAGCGUCGUUGACGAAGUCGUCAUGUGUCUGCGCUGCUUAUCCUACGAAAAUUUCCCAACGUUCGUGGCCAGCUUGAAAAACAUCAACUCCUUAUCCAUACCUUGGAUCAGGCGUAUGACCAGACAGAACUUUACUCUCGAAGGCAUCCACCAAAAGCGCGAAGACAUUCUCCUUGAGAUGAAGAAGCAUUUAACGAGUAUAUGCUACCCAGCGUUUGAGGAUAUAUGUGUGCGCUUUGAGAUGCAAAACAAGGAGAAGAUGCAUACCUCUAGCCACUUCUUGUGUGGUCAACAAGCAACAACUAAUCAUGCAGCAGGAACAAGCAACGUUGAGGGACAGCAACUAACGGCCGAGGACAGGACUGUCUUCCUCACAUUCUCUAAAGGAUAUCCAAUAUCUGAAGUAGAAGUGUAUGAAUAUUUCACCAGGAGAUUUGGAGAUAUUGUGGAAGCGAUACACAUGGGUGGAGUAGGAGGGAAGGACCUGCAAGCGCUGUAUGCAAGGAUGGUGUUACGUUCUGCCGCCAAGAUUCCAGAGAUUGUAAAGGAUGAGGCGUGCCCGACCAAGUUCACCAUUAAUGGAAAACAUGUUAAGGCUCGGAAAUUUAUUCCCAUUCGCAAAUCCGUUAAUAAUCUUCCUCACCCUUCCUUUGGAGUCUCUCUCUAGUUACAUAUAUUUUUCUUGUUUGAUCUUGAGGAGUUCUAAACCCCACUUCAAAAAAUUUGGGACCUACUUUAUUUUGGAUGGGGGACUUCUAUUUGGUAGGUGAUUGAGAUUUAUCUCAAAAACUAUUUAGCAUGGACUCAAAUUCAAAACUAUACUUUUCCCCUUUAACAAAUAUAUAAUCUCA